AUGAAAUCCGGCCAAAAUCAUGAGGCGUUUCUACUGUCAAGAAUCUUCACCGUUUCCCAGAGUCUCCUGGGUGCCUUUCUAUCCAAUGAGGGGCGUCUCGAACAUCAUCAGGUUUGCAAACGGUUCUGGGGUUCGGUCGAUGCGAUAUUGCGGGUACAUAAGUAUCCGUCGCCAGAAGAAGCACUCGACCAUUGGCACAAGGUCCACAUGAGGACUCCAUGUCUACACCAUGCGAAAAAGGGCCGGGUAUUCGAUGAUCCUUGUUUUGUCUGGAUACGCUGCCAAAAAGUCGAAGAAUCUAGAACUCUAAGAUCGAGGGAGGAUCCAAAAAACGAAGUGGUUUCGUGUCUAGAGCUGUUCUACGAGGGAUUACAAGACAUGGUUGAAAGAACAGAGGAGCUCCAUAAGCUGGUCAUGAGCGUGACUAGCUUGGGAGACUCGGUCAACUGCCAUGAUAGCCGACCUCACCUUCCUAACAGCAUCGUUGAGGCCUUUGAGCGGAUAAUAGGCUUGUUCGUCUUGAAAGCUAAAGAGAUUUCCUGGAUGAACAGACUCGCUGUCAAUCCUGAUUCGCUAUACGGCCGUCAUGCUGAGCGACGCUUGAUGGAUCUUAAGAGGAAUGGAGCAGCAAUCUCAGAGCGUGUUCGAAAUCAUCUUGACCGAGCGAAGGAGGACAUCAUACUCCUUGGAACCAGCAAGGGCGAUAUGGAUAGGAUCAUCAUCGCCCCGAUAGGCCCUGAGUUCCUGGCAGUCGCGCUGAUCAGCAACCUGCAGAACAACAUCUCCAAGCAAGGGACCGCUGAAACGGUCGACCUCAUCAGUCACUACCGAAGCCACACCGCCAGACUCCGGUUUAACACCAAUCGAAAGCCGAAACGGCAGGCUUUUGUAGAGAUCCAUGCUCUUGAAGAGGAGUUGGAGGCUUUACAGAUGGUGGUCGCUUCUCAACAAGGCCUGCUGAGAGCGUACCAGAGGCUCUUCUCUCCCGUGACUUUCAAGUAUCCCACGACCGACUGGAUCUACUACAAAGAAAGGAAGUCUUUGUUCAAGCUUGAGAGCAAAUGCGUGCGCAGGCAACAACGUCGCUUGGCGGAACGCGAUAGGGCGCUUGGACUUCUUCGGAAGAAGGUGAGGGUGUUGAGAGACGAGACGAAGCAGAGAAUUGAAAUCCUUGACGAGGGUCAUGGGAAGGCGAUUCGAGUGUUCACCAUAGUGACGUUGUUCUUUCUGCCGUUGUGA